GGAACUGGCACCGGGAACGGAGUCAGCAGUCGGUCUUUUGGCAUCGUCUAAGUGGCACUGCUGUGUCCCUUCCUGUUUCCCGUUAAUUCCGUCGUCAUGAAGUUCGUAGUGCUACUGGCGCUUGCUGGACUGGCGAACUGUCGCACUACCCUUCAGGGAGGGGACAGAGCUCGCGAUGUCACCAUUGAGUACACGUACCUGGACGACCAUGGAAAGGAAGUGACCGUCGAGGUCAAGGCUGAUAACCUGGAACUAGACCUAACCAACGACUCGAAGCUGUCCCUCAAGAAGCCUUCUUCUUCUUCUUCUUCUGUAUCCAGAGCCACAGGGCCAAGUCUCCAACCAGAGCCUGCAGUUCACCGUUUCGUGGAAGUCCAGCCUCCUCAGCCUGCAGCUGCCACUAGGUCUAGGUCCAGAACAGUGUCUGUUCAGCCUCCUGCAGGGUCCAGGCUGGCGCCCUCCUUCCGGUUGGUUGAGCUGGACGAUUAUGACGCACCCGAGACAAGAUUUGUGGAAGUCGAAGCUCCUAAACCUAAGGUCGAGACCCAGUUUCUUCGGGUCGAAGCUCCUAAACCUAAGGUCGAGACCCAGUUUGUUCGGGUCGAAGCUCCUAAACCUAGGGUCGAGACUCAGUUUGUGCGGUUCGAAGCUCCUAAACCUAAGGUCGAGAAUCGCUUCGUCAUAGUCGACUUCCCGGAGCGAGAAUUUGAGACUAGCUUCCACCAAGUUCAGUCUCCUCGUGGACAUGAGGCUUUAGGCCUAGGGCAUUUUGCCCUGGCAAAGCCUGCUGCUGCUCCGAGGCGUGCCCCACCAACGACGCAGUUCUUAACGCAUCGUGGAUUCAGGUCUGAUGCCAACAACAGCGCCGAGGAAUGAAUUUUUAGGGACUUCUCCUUCAGGAGUCCUCUCCUUCCUGAUUUGUCGCAUGAGGCGCCAAACUAGAUCAAAAUGUAGUCGUCUGCGACGAGAAAAUCGAUAUUCCAGGCAAAUAUAAUACCACAAAAUCGUAAA